CCUACAGUUUGAAGACAUGCAGCUGCCGCUGAUGUAAUGAACUCUUCUUUUUAUAUUGUGAUUUAAAAAUGCUGCUUGAUACUCAAGAAUCAGCAAGUAGACCACUAAACUGACAAACUGGCAGAGAUGAACCUGGACAGUGACCUCAGCAUGUCGGUCAACUGUGGCAAUGGAAAGCUGAGGCAGUGGCUCAUCGAGCAAAUUGACAGCGGCAAAUACCCGGGACUGGUCUGGGAGAAUGAUGAGAAGAGCAUUUUCAGGAUCCCAUGGAAGCAUGCCGGGAAACAAGACUACAAUAGGGACGAGGACGCCGCGCUCUUUAAGGCAUGGGCGCUUUUCAAAGGGAAGUACAGAGAGGGCAUUGAUAAACCAGAUCCUCCAACAUGGAAAACAAGAUUAAGAUGUGCCUUGAAUAAAAGUAACGAUUUUGAGGAGCUGGUUGAGAGAAGUCAGCUGGAUAUUUCUGAUCCUUACAAAGUUUACAGGAUUAUACCAGAAGGUGCAAAGAAAGGAGCAAAGCAGCUUGGUUUGGAAGAGCAGUCCAUCCACAUGAACCCCAUCAGCUACCCUGUCCACCCCUCCUUCACUUCUCUCCAGACUCAGGUGCCCAAUUACAUGGUUCCACAUGAACGCAACUGGAGAGAGUAUGUCCCAGAGCAGCCACAUCCAGAAAUUCCUUACAGUCCGUGCUCAUACCCAACACGAAAUCAUCCUUGGCAAGGAGGGGCAUGCGAAAAUGGAUAUCAGAUCACAGGAUCCUUUUAUGCCUGUCCAUCAAGCGAGUCUCAAACACAGGGGCUGUCAUUGGACCCUGCCAUGAGAUCUGCGGAAGCUCUCGCACUUACAGACUGUCGUAUACACAUUUGUUUGUACUACAGAGAGAUGAUGGUCAAAGAGAUGACAACAACAAGUCCCGAUGGCUGCAGAAUAUCCUCGUGCUCAAGUGCCGAUGACAAACUCUUUCUGCAUAGCUCUAUGGACCUUGUGCUUUUUCCCUACCCUUUUCCAACUUCCCAAAGAAAAGGGAUGGAGAAGCUCCCAAACCACCUGGAAAGAGGGGUAUUGUUAUGGAUGACCCCUGAUGGACUGUAUGCCAAGAGACUCUGUCAGAGUCGUAUUUAUUGGGAAGGACCUCUUGCACCCUACAGUGACCGACCUAAUAAGCUUGAAAAAGAACAGAUCUGCAAGCUGUUUGACACCCAACAGUUUCUGAGUGAACUUCAGGCCUAUGCACAUGAUGGACGUUUGGUUCCUCGCUUCCAGAUUGUGUUGUGCUUCGGAGAUGAAUUCCCUGACCCACAAAGACAGAAGAAGCUUAUCACAGCACAUGUAGAGCCCCUUUUUGCCAAGCAGUUGUUUUAUUUCGCUCAGCACAACAGCAGUCCUUUUAUUCGAGGAUAUGAAUUACCCGAACACAUUGCUAGCCCCGAGAACUACCAAAGAUCCAUUCACCAUCCUUCGAUUCAGGAAUGAAGGCAUGACUAAGAUUGUUUUAGAAAAGAUCUGGUAGAACACCAAUGGAUACUCAAGGUUCCAAAAUUUCUGUGGAGGAUUCAAAAUUGUGUCUUAAGAUAAAAGGGAAGUUACAUGAACAAUGGGAACUGAAGCCAAUUUCUGUUGAAGGUGGCGUGGAAAGGAAAAUUAAUGAACAAUGAAAACUGACAGAGACAAACUAAAAAGUACUUUUCCGCAAAUGAUUUUUGUAAAUCUACAAUAUUUGUUCCUCAAAACUGAAGAAAAAUGUUUAUAUUCUCUCAUAAAGAGACAUGGAGAAAACUAAAUAUAGGGUAUACUACCCUGCUCUUAUUCAUUCAUUAUUUUUGUAUUUUUUUAAUCAAUAUUUUAUUAUUAUCUUUUUUCUCAGGGAAACAUAAACCUACUGUAAUUUGUACAUUAUAGAAAUGCUGAAAAGAUGUAACAAUUAUCAUGGAAAACAAAUUAGUAUUAUAUUAGAGUCACAAAGGAUUCAGAAUUUAUUGCUUUCAUUUAUUAAACUUCCCAAACAUUUUAAUCACUGAUGGACAUUUGCUACAAUGCUUAAAUUGAAAUCUAUACAGUCCACAAACAGAUGAAGAGUGCUAUAAGAAAAGACUCUCUGGUUUGCUUUUUUUUUUCUUUGUACCUUUAAGCAAUUAUUUGCUGUUUUUUGUUUCUGGAUUAUGGAUUGAUUUU